AUGAAAUUGAUAUAACUAAUCUUGUUUGAUCAAAAAUGUAGAUGUAAUUUCAUAGAAUAAAAAUAAAAAGAUAAUAAAGUAUUUAUAUUAUUUGUUUAAAAUUUAUAUGAAUAUAAAUAUUGUCACAUUUAUUUAGUUUAUUUACUUAAUUGGCAAAGCAAGAUAUUAUAAAGUUANGGACCUGGAUUAUUAAUUCCUACAAUACUCUUGAAUAAAACAUUAAAUUGUGAAUACAUUUCAACAGAUUUAUCUGAAAAAAUGGUUGAAUCAUCUAAAUUACGAGUACUCAAUUUUUUAACAUUUCCUAAUGGAUAAUAAGAGAAUGAUUCAGAAAUCUUAUUUAAAUAAAUUUCUUGGAGGGCUGAAGUAGCUAAUGCAGAAGAUUUAUCAUAAUUUUCUACUGAUUAUUUCGAUAUAUAUUAUGGUGGAUUUAUUUUCCAUUUAGUAUUAAAUCCAAUGACAGCUUUGAAAGAAGCAUAUAGAAUUUUGAAACCUGGAGGAAAGAUUGGAUUCUCGAUUUGGGGAAGAAAAGAAAUAGCUGACAAUUAUACAAUAUUGAGAACAACUGCAGCAGAAGUUGGUUAUGUAUUUCCAAAGAGUCAUGAUGCUUUUCAUUUAGGAUCUGACAAAGCUGAACUAAAAUAAUUCUUAGAAAACUUGGGAUUUAAGAAUAUAUGUAUAUUCAAAAUUAAUUUUUAGUGUUAUGGUAUUAAAAUACUGCAGCUAAUAGAUUCACAGCUGAAUAAAUAAUAGAAGGUUAAAAUCCUAGCAUGAUUGAAUUACUUUAAAAAGAUCAAGAUUUAUAUAAAUAAUUAUUAAAAAAAUUGGAUGAAAAAAUUCAGCAUAAAUUGAAUGUCUUAAAUGAACCAUUAAUGUAAGAUUGUUUAUUAGUUAUUGCAUAAAAAUGA